AAGGUUCUCAAUAUUCCUUUUCGAAACCUUCGAUUUGUUUCUUCUCUCAGAACCGACAUCAACCGAUCGCGUUUCUUUCUUCACCGAGAUCCGAAUAGGCUGCUUUUUAUUUUUUAUCAUCCCCCCGAAGAGGAAGAUGUCGUACCGCUACCUCAUUCAAGUACAUCAUCAUCGAAGAUACCGGGGUUGGAAAAUCAUGUCUUCUUUUGCAGUUCACUGAUAAGAGGUUCCAACCUGUUCAUGACUUGACAAUUGGUGUUGAAUUUGGGGCUAGGAUGAUUACUAUUGACAAUAAGCCCAUAAAGUUACAGAUAUGGGAUACGGCGGGUCAGGAAUCCUUCCGAUCUAUUACAAGAUCCUACUACAGAGGAGCUGCUGGGGCCCUCCUGGUCUAUGAUAUUACCAGGAGAGAAACAUUUAAUCAUCUUGCAAGCUGGCUAGAAGACGCAAGGCAACAUGCAAAUGCUAAUAUGACAAUCAUGCUGAUAGGAAACAAGUCUGACCUAGCUCAUAGGAGAGCUGUCAGCACAGAGGAAGGAGAGCAAUUUGCGAAAGAGCAUGGUUUGAUCUUUAUGGAGGCUUCUGCAAAGACUGCACAAAAUGUUGAGGAGGCAUUCAUUAGCACAGCAUCAACAAUCUACAAGAAGAUCCAGGAUGGGGUCUUUGAUGUAUCUAAUGAGUCUUAUGGCAUCAAAGUUGGAUAUGGAGGGAUACCUGGGCCAUCUGGAGGAAGAGAUGGCUCCUCUUCUCAAGCUGGGGGCUGCUGCAGUUGAAGAAUUUAUCCCUCAUCUCGUGCUGCUGUCGCGUACCGAACUAUUUUGCUUCAUUUCAUCUCAUCUCAUCUCAUUGUGGUUAUUGACUUAAUGGGAUGUUCGCAACUUGAAUCCCUGUCAUCUCAUCUCAUUGUGGUUAUUGGGAUGUUUGCAACUUGAAACCCUGUCAAGGACUAUUUUGCAUAAAAGCGAAUGACAAAUAUUGUACUAUGUUCUAGCUUCCGAGAAAAUGCUUUGUACAUCUUACUUCCAAGUCUCGAAAUUGUUUGUGGAUAAACUGUGGUUUGAGAAGUGAAAUUGAUUCCAGUAUUCUCAAUGUUGUGUAAAAAAAUUUCUUCUGUUUUUGACUUUUUAAAGAACGCCACCUGCUCUGUGACUA